AUGAACCUUCCGUCGCUUGUUUCUCAAUCAGCUGGAUUCCUACGACCCACCUUGAUUCGAUCAGCCUUGCCAGUUCUAUUGGCGUCGUCCAUAUCAUCAUCCCAAGAAUCACAACAAGGAUAUAAUAACACAAGUGACACCAACAGUACAGAACCAAUAUUAAAUCCAGAAGAAACUACACAGCCUGCAUCACCCGAUUUAUUUUGGGAAUCAAGUGGUGAUACCAAUAAUACCACAACUACUCAUUCCUUAUCCUCCAGAAUGGACCAAGCGAAACAACUCUUCACACAACCUCGCCCUCGAGCCAUCUUGUACAUGGCCAGUGCCAUGGCAUUGCACUUUGGCGGAUACGAAUUUGUACGGAGUAGUAUGCUGGCACUCUUCACGUCCAACCAAGUGGGUUUCUCCAAUCCAGGUGCUUUUCCCCUCGCCAUGGGGUUGGCCAGUCCCUUUUCUUUCUUGCUGCUCAUGGGAUAUGGAAAUGUAUUGGAACGAAAGGGACCACGGGCGGCGCUUCAAGCCACCACGCUGUUUUCCAUCCUUGUAUUUGCCGGGACGGCCCUGUUGCUCCAACUCUUAUUAUCAUUGCAAUCCACUUCUUCUAAUCAUCUGGGGAUGGCUCGAAAAGCAUUGGUGGCACUGGCAUUUGUCUAUCAAAAUUCCUAUGCCCAUUUGCUAUAUACACAGCAUUGGAGUUUCCUGUCCAGUGUCAUGACUCCCAAAGAGGGGUCCAUUUGGUUCUCGUCCAUUGCAGGACUCUCCUCCAUCAUCUGCACUAUGACCGGGACCAUGGUCAAACCACUGGUCAAUUCCGUGGGGCUCGUUGGGACGGUGGCCUGCAAUUGUAUCUUUCUCGUACUGAGUCUCAUUUGUUGUGAUCGAGCCUAUCAAUUGUCCGAGACACACGGAUUUGAUCCUGCCAAAAUCAAACAAAACGAAAAAAGUGCACAAAACGACGACAACAACAACAACAAUUCGUCCUCCUCCAAUAAUAACUUGGUCUGGAAAGCCAAAGAUUUGUUCCAACGGGUACCAACUCUGGGAGCUCUCUUUGGAGAAGUCUUGACCUUUCAAUCCAUGUCGGUCAUUCUCAAUAUUGCCAUGGUCACACGGCUCAAACAAGUCAUGCCGAACGACAAUGAACGAGCGGCAUGGACCGGGAGUCUCUUUGCCGGUGUCAGUGGUCUUAGUGGAGUACUUCAGUUUGUUGUCAUUCCCAUGUUCCUACAGCGGAUAGAGCCCCGUUUGGUAUGGAAGGUCAUGCCCCUGGUUCCAUUCAUGUUUUCGCUCUAUCAGAGUUUUCAAGGGGCGUCCCCCGACUUAUUCAUCUUGGCACUGUCCUUUUUUGCCGCCAAGACGAUGGAUUACAGUAUUCGUGGAGUUGUCAAUGAAAUGGUAUAUCAGCCACUCGAUUUUGACAGUCGGUAUCUCGGCAAAGAAAUCAUUGGGGUUUUGGGCAGCCGGUUUGGAAAGAGUGGAGUGUCGCUUCUCAUGUCGGGACUGGCAUAUGUCUUUCCGCAGUUUGGGAUAUACCAUCUAUCCAAGUUAUCCGUGCUGGCAUCGGCUGGCUGGUUGACCAUGUCCUGGUGGUUGAGUGCGCUGGUCCCAAGGAAGGACGAGGCACAAGCAGCAUUCUUGGAACAACGGCGGUCCAGUCCGCCACAAUCCCCUGCCAAGGGUGCAACAGUGGCGACUGAUGGAUCUGCCACUAAAGACAAGGAAGAAUAG